AUGGGAGACUCGGAUUACAAGUCUGCCUCUGGUUCUAGCAACGAGAGCUCGCCUCUCAUGGUUUCCACUCGCUCUGCAGACAGGCGUGCUGGGGGCUCUCUUGCCGGUGCAGAUGAGUCGUCUAAGAAUGCGUUGUACAUGUUUCUUUUGACUCUGUCUAUUGGUGGACUUCAGAUUGUUUGGUCUGUCGAACUCUCCCAUGGAUCGCCAUUCCUUCUAUCCCUCGGUAUGAGCAAAUCGCUUCUUGCCUUUGUUUGGAUCGCCGGUCCCUUGACUGGUGCGCUGGUACAACCAUACAUCGGUAUUAGAAGCGACAACUGCCGACUCGCGUGGGGUAAGAGGAAACCGUUCAUGGUCGUCGGAGGCGCUGCAACGAUCGUUUCAUUGCUAGCUCUGGCAUGGGUGAAAGAGCUCGUGGGAGGCUUUCUGUCGAUCUUCGGUGUUGAAUCAACAUCAGCAGGAGCCAAGGUUGUUAUCAUCGUCAUGGCCACAGUUUUCAUGUACUGCCUUGAUUUUGCCAUCAAUACUGUACAAGCUGCAAUCAGAGCAUUUAUUGUUGACAACUGUCCCACCCACCAACAGGAGCUGUCCAACGCCUGGGCUAGUCGCAUGGUUGGCAUUGGCAACAUCUUCGGGUAUAUUUUUGGCUACAUGGACCUGCCGAAGACUGUCCCCUUCUUGGGAAAUACCCAGUUCAAAGUUCUGUGUGUUCUCGCCUCGGUCUUUCUGAUCGCAACUCUUGCCACUAGUUGUGUCUACAUCAAAGAGCGGGAUCCCCGAGGAGACGGGCCUGUGACUGACAAGCUUGGCGUGAUCUCAUUUUUUAAACAGGUUGUCAAGUCGAUUCAGAGUUUGCCAACACAGAUUUCCCGCGUCUGUGAGGUGCAGAUCGCAGCAUGGGUGGGCUGGUUCCCGUUCCUGUACUACUCCACGACCUAUGUCGGGCAGCUGUACGUCAAUCCCGUUUUUGCAGAUAACCCCCAUCUCUCCAAGGGUGAGGUCGACAAGGCCUGGGAAGAUGCUACUCGCGUUGGGACUUUGGCUCUUCUCAUCUACGCUAUCAUCUCUUUCCUUGCCAACAUGUUGCUUCCUCUUUUCGUGGUCCCCUUGUAUGGACCGGCACCAGUCACUGCUUCGCAAUGGGAUUCUCCAGGCAGCGAUUCAGAUGACGAUACAGAGCAAGCUGCUAGGGGACUGUCAUUUUCAAGUAUGCCGACGGGCAAUGCAUCCGAGCCUCUGCUUGAUGCACCUCCAGUUGCACAAGAGACCGAAGGGAAACCGACUUGGCUUUCACGCCUGCAUAUCCCGGGCUUGACUCUUCCGCGAGUCUGGCUCCUCUCCCAUCUCCUCUUCGCAGCGUGUAUGUUUAGCACUUUCUUCAUCUACUCUCACCAAGCCGGGUCGGCGUUUGUGGGCUUUGUCGGUGUCUCCUGGGCUGUAGCGCUGUGGGCCCCCUUCGCUCUUAUCGCAGCGGAGGUAGCUAGGAUCGAUCCCUCAAGACGCAGUCAUCGUUACACAGGUCGGUCCACCCAUAGCGAGCAUGGCGGCGAGGCUCGGGAAGAGAGUUCUGGAGGAUAUGCCAGCGUCGGAGGCAGUGAUGUUGAGCAUGGACGUCCAAAGGAUUAUCGUGAUGGUGGAGAUGUUGCACAGGCAGGAAUCAUUCUUGGACUGCACAAUAUGGCAGUCUCUCUGCCACAGAUCCUGUCGAGUCUUGUUUGCAGUGCUAUCUUCAAGGCAUCUCAGAAGCAAAGAGGGGAGCCGUGGGAUAAUAGUGUAGGCUGGGUACUACGGUUUGGUGGAUGUGCUGCGUUGGUGGCUGCGUGGCUGACUAGAAGGGUUGCGGAUGGAUCAAGAUAG